UUGCAUCACCAGCGAGCGCUAUUCUUAUUCCUAUUCAUGACGUCAGCGGACAAAUCACAUUCCAGAACGGCCCCUCCACUAUAUAAAGAGGUGAUGCAACUCCGAGAGAGGGAAAGAAAGAGAGUGAGAGGGGAGCGGAGCGGGCAGAGUGCGGGCAGCUCGGAGCCGACCCUUUGUCUGGCAUUCUUCCCUUAUAGUGCAGCUCUGACAGGCGGCAGAAAAAUGAUGCUCCAACACCCAGGACAAGGUUCAGCUGUGGAAGUCAGCGCAACCGCCAUUGUCCCAUGCCUGUCUCCAACGAUGACAUUUGCAUUUGAAGACUUCACCAACUUGACGCCUCUUGUUAAAGAAGAACUGAGGUUCACCAUCCAAAACAAGCGGAUCCGCGCACCUUGCACAUUGGACAGCGUCGUGGUCGCAGAAAGGCCCAUAGAAAUGACAAUGGCUAAGACAGAGUUUGUGCCAGAAGAAGAUGAUAGGAAGAAGAGGAGAAGAGAGAGGAACAAGGUCGCAGCUGCAAAGUGUCGAAAUAAAAAGAAGGAGAAAACAGAAUGCUUGCAGAAGGAAUCAGAGAAACUGGAAACUAUCAAUGCCGAACUGAAAGCCCAAAUUGAGGAACUAAAGAACGAGAAGCAGCAUCUUAUCUACAUGUUGAACCUCCACCGACCCACCUGUAUUGUGCGAGCACAGAACGGGCGGACCCCGGAGGAUGAACGUAAACUCUUCAUUCAACAAAUCAAAGAAAGCACCCUGCAGAACUUAGUGACGGAGGGUGUGAACUGAGCACCUGUGUGCUGGACUUCAAAAUAAACUUGCUGCGGCCCUAUGGGAAGCUCAGGGCAUCAAACGUGGAAUCUUUACCAGGAAAAGUCUACAUCAGAUGUCUCUGGUUAGAAAGUGGAAGGAUGUACCCUUUAUAGGAUACUGUGAGCUCCUUCCAUUUAAUGGUGGCUUGGAAUCUCCAACAAAAGGAGAAUGUACUUUACCUUUAGGAGUUAUUACCAGGUUCUAUUCACUAGCCGAUUGCUGCUUCCUCCUUCAGCAGUCUGAUUUGCCUUUUUUACACUUUGUGCAAUCAAUUUUUUUUCUUAACAGAAACAAAAAGAAAGAACAUUUCAGUGUUUUUGGGGGUGAUAACAUUAUCAAUAAUGGUAUGUCACCAAUAAUGUUUCUGUUCACAUCCACGGAAGUAUUUUGAGAAAAUGGAAACACAAUGAACUGCCUUAACUGAUCUAUUUGGAGACAAAGAAUAUUUUGCUUGUUUCCUGCUAUUUAUUUUUUUAUGAAAGUCAUUUUGCUUUCACCCUCGUUAAUUGUCAAUGUUGUAUUUGUUUUCUGCAAGAUCACAACUUUGGGCACUAAAGGUUUCUUUAAGUGUAUCUACAGCUUAGAUCUACUCAAGGCAACCAUUUCCAAAGGUGGACUAAUAAUAUUGAGAGCUUGGUAAGCUGACUAAGACAUGUGGAGCAAUAGUAAGCCCUCCGGGGUCACAGGGAAUGAUGGGGUUUAUCAUUCUGAAUAUUGGUAUACAUUUCAAAAUGAGUUCUGUUAGGGUAUGUGAUUUAAAAGUACAUUGGAAUCAUAUCACUUUCAGCCCUUUCUAGGCUAGUAGUAAAGGCCAACUUCUCAUAACAAAAAAUGUUUUUGCUGUUACUGGCAAGCUAAGUAAUUUACUGGCUUAUUUUUGGAUACUUUCGUUGGAAAAUAUUUCAAAUGAAGUAACCAGUUCCCCUCAAAUGAUAGACACAUUUCUCCACUAGAGUCCAGGAGAUGUAAAAAGCCAGAUGAGGAUUUAACUAAAUAAUACCCACUCUUAGAAAUUUAAUAUUUUUAGUUGAAGUUGGUCUCCAUUGACUAGAACUGAAAUCAUUUAGGUUGGAGUUAGCCUCCAUUGACUAGAACCAAAAUCAUUUAGGUUGGAGUUGGCCUUCAUUGACUAGAACUGAAACAAUUUAGGUUGGAGUUGGUCUCCAUUGACUAGAACUGAAAUCAUUUGGGUUGGAGUUGGUCUCCAUUGACUAGAACUGAAAUAAUUUAGGUUGGAGUUAGCCUCCAUUGACUAGAACCAAAAUCAUUUAGGUUGGAGCUGGCCUUCAUUGACUAGAACUGAAACAAUUUAGGUUGGAGUUGGUCUCCGUUGACUAGAACUGAAAUCAUUUGGGUUGGCGUUGGUCUCCAUUAACUAGAACUGAAAUCAUUUUAUUUGGACUUGGCCUCCAUUGACUAGAACUGAAAUAAUUUAGGUUGGAGUUGGUCUCCAUUGACUAGAACUGAAAUCAUUUAGGUUGGAGUUGGCCUCCAUUGACUAGAACUGAAAUCAUUUAGGAUGGAGUUGGUCUCCAUUGACUAGAACUGAAAUCAUUUUAUUUGGAGUUGGCCUCCAUUGACUAGAACUCAAAUAAUUUAGGUUGGAGUUGGCCUCCAUUGACUAGAACUCAAAUAAUUCCAUUUGGAGUUGGCCUCUGUUGACUCUAUAUUAUGUCAUAAAGAUCCACCAGGGCUGACUGUGAAAAGGUAAACACACGGCUGUUGUCCUUUUUUUUUUUUUUACUUACGAAACACAGGACUUAAAUGGUUCCUUCUGACAAUGCCUUCGCUCUUCUUUGCUUAAGGUUUCAUAAUUGUCUUCAGUGCGUUGUAAAGAUGCAGGCAGACUAUAUCUGGUGGUUAACUGUUAAAGAAUUGAAAAUGCUGAGAGAAUUAAUCCAAAAAAUGUGUAGCCAUGGAAGUUGUGUUGUCUGUGGACUCUUGUGUUGUUAUACAAUGCAUUGAAGUCCACUUCUUAGUCAUUUUCUCAAUUUCUCAUCAUUCCCAGCAUUUGACCCACUUUGAUAAACAUGGUCACGCAAACGUACUAAAAAUAAUUUCUUAUUGGUUGGUAUGGAUUACCAGUGCUUAAUUAUUUUUUUCCCUGAAGAAGCAAUGAUGUGCAGAGUGUAGCGAUACCAACCAACCAAUCACAUGGCAGUUUACAGUGAUCCUGUCAUGUAUACACAAUGAUCAGGCUGUAAAAGAACCAAACUUACUUUUCCAGAAGCCUAUGUGUUAAAAAGUGGCCUUCCCGAUGCUCCUUGCCUGGUUGCUGCAUAUAUUUCACUCUUGGGGGUGUGUAGAAUACAUUCUCCCCUUCAGCACGUGUAGUUCAUCCCCUCAGAUUAUAAAUAGCUGUAGGAUGUGCAAUCUGGUGGAAGAAUCCACAGCGUGCAAAGGGGGUGACCGGUAAUCGAUACACCUGAUGGGGCAAAUACAAGUGCAGGUGUGCAUUUUUACACACAGGCCACUAGAAAGUGAAGAGCCAGACCCUGUGGUGAUGGGGUUACUUUAAGUAUUGACGAAACAUGCGCUGUGUCUGCAGAUUUAUUACUUUCACUCUGCAUUCGUAAGCAAGAAGACCUCCACAUAUGUGCAUGCAUCAGCAGCCUAUGUGUUAGUCACCCGUAUACAACCGCACCACAUCUUCACUUCUUUGCUCCAUUAUCUUGUGUUUUUAUUACCAUGCAUAAUAGUAAAAUCACCUUAGCAUUAAUUAAUGUGAUUACAGUACCGUGUCACGAUCGUGCUCACGUGUGACUUUCUGAUGUGCAAGAGAAACCUGCAAUAGAAACUGACUGAUUUUUUUAUUUUUUUUGGAUAGGGCAGACCUCUAAAUACUUUGCUAGAUGAGGCCCCUUAAUGCAAUACAAAAAUAAAAAAGUAUUAAACACUUCAGAUUACAGCUUAGUAUAGCUUGAUGGCAAUUACAAAAGCUGCACAGACUAGAAUUACAGGCUUUGUCUUUUUUUUUUCCGGCGGGUACCAGUCUAAGGAGUGGAAUGCUGAGACUUGUAGUGCCCCGCUGGCACAUAACCUGAUGUACAAUAAUAUACAAAAUACCAAUAUUUGCACCAGUUAGCUGGAGUACAGUAUUUGAUAUUCUAUGGCUAGGUUCACAUUAUCGUGGGUCACAAAAUCCGGCACAUUCCUGACCUGCAAGCAUUAUGUGCUGCUCUUUAGCAGACGUGCAGGGGUGCCAUUUAUUCUUAAUCACCCCCCCACGCAUCGAAAACAUGGUGCAUGUUUGCGGGUACCAAACUUAACGGUGUUGCAGCACCAUGAGGCUCGAUGUGCAGCGAUUUAAGGACUUAUUUUACUGCAUUUCUGAUAGAAGGGCAGCCCAUUUAAAUAAAUAGGCUGCCUACACGCAGAUUACAAGAAUGUGAACCAAGCCUAAGAGCCGGUUCACACUCCCGUGGCGCGAUUUCGGGGGGCG